AUGACCGAACCCACGAAGAUCAGCAUCUUGGGUCGUGAGAGCAUUGUCGCUGAUUUCGGUCUCUGGCGCAACUAUGUCGCCAAGGACCUGAUCAACGGCUUGUCCUCCACGACCUACGUCCUCGUCACCGACACCAACAUCGGUUCCCUCUAUACCCCGAGCUUCCAAAAGGCCUUCGAAGAGGCUGCUGCCGCCAUCUCCCCCAAACCUCGUUUGCUCGUCUACCAUGCCGCACCCGGUGAAGUCUCCAAGUCGAGACAGACAAAAGCCGACAUUGAAGACUGGAUGUUGAGCCAGAGCCCGCCAUGCGGUCGUGAUACGGUGGUCAUCGCUCUGGGCGGCGGUGUCAUUGGAGAUCUGACCGGCUUUGUCGCUUCGACUUACAUGCGAGGCGUCCGCUAUGUCCAGGUCCCCACAACACUUCUCGCCAUGGUGGACUCUUCGAUCGGCGGAAAGACCGCCAUUGACACGCCAUUGGGCAAGAACUUGAUCGGUGCGAUCUGGCAGCCGUCGAGGAUUUACAUUGACCUGGAGUUCCUGGAGACGCUCCCGGUUAGGGAGUUCAUCAAUGGUAUGGCGGAGGUGAUCAAGACCGCAGCCAUCUCCAGCGAGGAGGAAUUCACAGCCUUGGAGGACAACGCCGAGACGAUAUUGUCCGCCGUCCGCCGUGUAAUCCAACCCGGACAGCGCCGUUUCGAAGGCAUUGAGGACAUUCUGAAGGCGAGAAUUCUGGCGUCCGCUAGACACAAGGCGUUUGUCGUCUCCGCGGACGAGCGCGAAGGUGGUCUCCGGAACUUGUUGAACUGGGGUCACUCCAUUGGUCAUGCCAUUGAGGCCAUCUUGACCCCUCAGGUUCUCCACGGAGAAUGUGUUGCCAUUGGUAUGGUGAAGGAGGCCGAAUUGGCCCGCCAUCUCGGCAUCUUGAAGGGCGUUGCCGUGGCUCGCAUUGUU